AUGGCUACGGAAGGAAAUUCAGUUUUGGUGUUGGGCGAAACUAGCGCAAAGAGUGCGCCUACAUUUGCUAGUGGUGAUAGACAGGAUCCUGUUCAGUUUUUGGAGGACUUUAAUGAAGCGGCUUCUUGGAAUAACUGGGUGUCUACGGACAGAAGAAAGGAAUUAUUCUUCAGGUGUCUUACCCACUAUGCUAGAGAAUGGUUCUUGAACACUUUCAAAAGGGGAUUGGAAGAAUACAAGAAGAUGAAAUUCGAUGAUUGUACUAGUGCUUGUCUGGUCAAGCAACUUUCGGCAAAGUUCAUUACUGCAGAAUGGUUCGAGAAAUACGAAGAAGCGUACGAAGACCGUGUUCAACUUAAGUCCGAAUCUCCUUGGGAAUUCAUGAAUAUUAAGCGUGCGUUACUCAGAAAGUUGGAUCCAGUGGAACUCGCUAGUCGUACUGAAAAGCAAACGGUGAAGGAGAUCAGAAAGGGUCUAUUACCUGAAGUCAAGAAGUUCUGUGAUUAUAUUGAGAAGAAUCCCUAUAACAAUCUGGACAAGACCAAGGUUAAUACCUUCGAAGGGUUGGAAUCUUUAUUGCGAUGGGCAGAACAAUGUCACAACAACACGGGCACGGUUACAGGUCUCACCAAGGAGGUUAUUAAGGUACAAGAGCCUCAACAGGUGAAUACUAUCUUGAAACGAAAUAAUGGUGAUUAUGGUGGGUCAAGAGCUCCUCGUGGUUACACGGAAAAGGCGGAAAACUCCAAUCAAUGGGAAAUCCUAUUUAAGAAAUUAGAGAAGCUUGACAAGUUGGACGUGAUUGAAAACAAUCUUGCCUUAACUAUAGACCUAGUGGACCACUUGGAAAAGAGAUUAGAUGGUGGAUCCAAUAACCAAGCUGAUGGAAGAAAGGUGGAAGAAAGACCCUCGGACAACUGUUACAAUUGUAAAGGACAUGGUCACAUCUCCAAAGAUUAUAAAAAUUACAGUUUAAGAAUGACGACCCCGCAACAAAUUGCGUUUAUCGUGUCUCAGUUUCAGCUCCUUAUAGUUCAAAUCAACGAAGAAUCUGAAUCUCUCGAAGAAGAUAGAAUGGAAAUUCUUAAUUCUACUGGACAACGCCUCGUAGAAAAUAUGACGACUGUUCAUUCCAGUAGAGAACUUUACCAAGCAGAACGUCUCCAAUAUGAUUUUAUUGCCAGCAACUACCGCAAUCAAUAUGGAGUUUCUAUUAACAAUCUCCCCAUUUUCAUGAUGGGCGAACAUGUAGAAAGAACAAGAACAGUAAUUAGUGCUGAUGAUAGACGUAAAUCGCGUCGAUACCACUUUUGGAGAUUGGAACACCCAUUCCUCAAUGACAAUGACGAAAACCAGGUCAGUAGUUAUCGCGCGAACUACCGUAUGGGUAAGCGUGCUUUUGAGCAUUUGGUGAACGAGCUUUCGGCACACGAAGAAUUCAAUCUUGUUGCUCCGAAUACUAUUCGGAUUUAUAUCCAAGUCGCAACGGCUUUAUUUCGGUUGGCUAAUUGCCAUAUCGGAUAUCGCCAAGCGUAUAUGCUUUUGGGUGUUUCAUCAGGUAGUUAUAACAACUUCACCCCAAGAACACUCAAAGCAAUUAAGGAUCAACUUGGUCAUUUAUUUACAUGGCCAUCAGACCCUAUCAGAGCCAAUGCGAUCGCUGUCGGUUUUGGGAGUAGCACUGGGGAUAGAUUGAAUGGUGUGAUUGGUGCUGUGGAUUAUAAGAACUUUAUCAUUCACCAACCGUGGGUGCUAUGUUCAGGGAUAGAAAGAACAAAUAUUCCGUGA